AUGCCAGGCCCCAUUGAAGACUACGAGGACGAGCUUGGCAAUCUGUUGGUUGCGGAUUACGAUGAAGGCCGAGACUGGGAAGCCGCCGAUGAUCUCGCUAAGAUCGAGAACCGCGAGAUCCUGCGAGUCUUAGAGAAUCCGGCUGUCGCCGACCCGUCGGAUGACGCGCCUGUGCUGCGAGAGUUUCGUGGGGACGCGCAAACCGUCUUCCUGCCGCCAGAUUUUCAGCCGGUCACAAACAUCUCCGUCGACCUCCCGCCAAGCACUCUUAUUUCGCCGCGAUACCUCUACCAGGGCCAGGAGCUCCCUGCUCCAGUUGAUCGGGAGUUCAGGGUCGUCCAGAAGUUGCUAGAGGAGCAUCGGCGAACAAGUGAAGGAGGGGACGACUUCAUUGACAUUGAACUCGACCAAUUCACCGUAUUUACCGAACCGUACAUGGGUGGGCUCACAGAGGCCUACAAGAAGAUGCAAUAUCCAGGAGAGAUGCGACCACUCCAACACCUUUCAAUCAAAAUUGGCUGCAAAGUCAUGUUCGCGGCUGGAGUCUUGUCAGUUGGCGACGCUCGGUACUUUGUACCCAAAAUUCCUUUUGAAAAGCUACCUAUCGGAAACUAUGGCCUGUCUGAGAGUACGGUUGGUCAGGAGAUAUGGAUCCAGUCACAGAUGAACACCAAGUAUAAGGAGGGUGUUUAUUACCGUCUGAAAUCCCCUUCGCCAGAGUACAGAAGAUUUCACAUGGGUUUCAUGUGGAUAGCAGACCUUUCGAAGCAUGUCGUCGACUACCUCUCCGCCGCGGUAGAUGCUGGACGUCGCGUGUUGUUCAGAGAGUUCCGAUCUGAUUUCAGUGCAUGGCUUUUAAAGCACCACGGGGCUUCUGAGGCAUUCACUCGCUGGCGACAACAGCUACCAGGGAACGACUUCCGCACAGCAAUUGUGGCCAAUCUGGACUUUAUCUACAAGGAGGUACAUGGCGUUCUCGGUCAGCAAAAGACCAAGUCCAUCUAUAUGUGGAAAGAAAUUCGCGACUACACCGCCUACCCAGACACUUCGAAGAAGACACCAUCAACCCCAACCAGCGGCGCAUCCUCCCCAGCACCAGGUAAAGCAGCCCAAAUCGACAAGACCAUCGUUACAUCUUACAUAUAUGAGCUCUUCAAUCAUCUGCCAUGCGGCUCGAUGAUGGAGGCCAUGGCCCCAAGCCCCCGAGCCGAGAAGUUGCGAACCAAUCUCAUAAGUGCUUACAAGUUAGAGUCAUCGCCAAGCCCCCAUACAGCUGCACACCAAGCACACGAGAAAGUUACCAGAGAGGUCUGGGUUGGCGAUGUUAUUUCUACGACAAGGGAUGGCGAUGGCUCUCGCUGGGAUAGAGAGGUUGCUGCUGGCUUUGAUGAUGUCGACCGGUGGUUUGGAUUGGUCCAGAAAGUCCACAAGUUGAGGGAUGAAGAGCGGUGCUUCGAUGUCAUUUGGCUGUACAGACCCGUGGAUACCCUAUGUGGUUCCAUGAAGUAUCCUUGGAAUAAUGAGCUGUUCCUCUCAGACCACUGCUCGUGUGGGGAUGGAUGUCCUAAGAUCAAAGAGAGCGAGGUUCUCUCUAUCCAUGAUAUUCACUGGGGAGGCGCUGCAGACACGAAUGCAGAGUUCUUUUGCCGACAAACAUACCUCACUAAGCCGACAACACACCGAUGGGUUACGGUUCAGCAGAGCCACCUACGUUGUAACCACCAGAUUGAGGCUUUCGCCUAUAAAGUCGGCGAUAGUCUUCUCAUCAGUCCUGAGAAUCCUGACGACCUAGCUGAGCCUUACGAGCUAGUCUCAGGUCCUGACGAGGAGAACAUUGUCGUUCUUAGACGUCUGUUUCGCAGAAGCCAACUGGAACCCAACACGAAUACACCCCGGAACGAGCUUGUCUACAGCAACGAGACGACUUCGAUCGAUGCCUAUCGCAUCCACGGCAGGUGUCUUGUGCGUUUCUUCAGACGCGACGAGCCGUUAUUGCCUCCCUACGGUCGAAACGGCGUCGGCAAUGCCUUCUUUGUUACUCACCAUGUCGACUCAUUAGGGCAGAUCGUUCGCAUGGACGAUGCCCCUCCUACGCUGAGGCAGGGGUUCGAUCCCUCAAAACAGGUCCCCAAGCUUCGAGGAGUCGAUCUGUUUUGCGGAGGCGGUAAUUUUGGACGCGGCCUUGAGGAAGGGGGGGCUAUCGAGAUGCAAUGGGCUAAUGACAUCAACGUACGUGCUAUUCACACGUACAUGGCAAAUACCCCGGGCGAAGUACAUCCUUUCGCUGGCUCUAUUGACGACCUGCAGCGACUUGCGUUGGAGGGCAAGUUCAGCGAUAAAGUUCCGAAAAUUGGUACAGUGGACUUCGUGUCUGCUGGUAGUCCGUGUCCAGGCUUCUCUCGCCUUACCGUCGACAAGGCCACCCCGGAGCAACGCAAAAAUCAGUCACUUGUUGCCGCCUUUGCCUCUUUCAUUGACACCUACCGACCCAGGUACGGCUUAUUGGAGAACGUCCUGGAGAUCGUGCAACCACGCAGGGAAAAGAACGAAGACGUGUUCUGCCAACUGAUCUGUGCCUUGGUUGGGCUUGGGUAUCAGACGCACUUCUUCUUGUUAGACGCAUGGUCCUAUGGCUCGCCACAGAGCCGAAGUCGUGUGUUCCUAUGCUUUGCAGCCCCGGGCCACAAACUCCCGGAGCUACCUCUUCACUCGCAUUCACACUAUCAGCCAGUCUUUCGUUCCAAAACCCUUGGCAGAUUGCCUAACAAAGAGCCGAUGGGCGAGCGGCUGGUGAUGCCCACACCAUUCAAGUUUGUUGGAGCUGCAGACGCAACUGCAGACCUUCCGGACAUCGUCGAUGCUAAGGUUGACAUCUGCAUCCCCUUCCCAGACCACCGCCUUGCACAUGGUUAUACAAAGUAUCUCCGGAACCAGCUUAGUGUUAUACCUACCCAUCCCUACGGCAUGAACUUUACAACUACUUGGAAGGAGGGUCAUGGAAUCAUGACGAAGGCAGAGAGAGACUUCUUCCCCGCGAAGGGCGACAGGGUCACACAAGCAUCCUCGCCUGCGUGGGGCAGGUGCUUCCCUCAGAAGGUUAUGCAAACGGUGACAACAGCCCCUUCUCCAGCAGACGCGCGACUCGGCAGGAUCCUGCACUGGAACCAGAAUCGAAUUUUGACGGUCAUGGAAGCUCGGCGCGCCCAAGGAUUCUUGGACCAUGAAGUUAUUCUGGGACAGCCCAAAGACCAGUGGAGAGUGGUUGGCAACAGUGUCGCGAGAGAGGUGUCUCUAGCUCUGGGACUGUCUUUUCGAGAAGCUUGGCUCGGCUCUCUGGUCGAUGGGGAUGAGGCUGACCCUACGCUGGGCCAACAAUCGAUACUCAACGACAUGGAUAUCACACAACUGAACACGUCGCCUGGGCCAAGUUCUAGGAGCACCCCUAGUGCUGGUGCCGAUGCUCUGGUCUCUUCGCGUCCACCGAAGCGGCCCCUCGAGAGCACCUUAGAAGUGCAGUUGUUUGUGUCUAAGAUGGCUAAGACCAGUGCAGACAGCGAGUGA